GGAAAGGAUACUGAGGAGGGUUGUGCUGUGCACAAAGGAAAGGAUACUGAGGAGGGCUGUGCUGUGUACAAGGGAAAAGGUACUGAGGAGGGUUGUGCUGUGUACAAGGGAAAAGGUACUGAGGAGGGUUGUGUUGUGUACAAGGGAAAGGAUACUGAGGAGGGUUGUACAGUGUACAAAGGAAAGGGUACUGAGGAGGGUUGUGCUGUGUACAAGGGAAAGGGUACUGAGGAGGGUUGUGCUGUGUACAAGGGAAUGGGUACUGAGGAGGGUUGUGCUAUGUACAAGGGAAAAGGUACUGAGGAGGGUUGUACUGUGUACAAGGGAAAAGGUACUGAGGAGGGUUGUGCUGUGUACAAGGGAAAGGAUACUGAGGAGGGUUGUACAGUGUACAAAGGAAAGGGUACUGAGGAGGGUUGUGCUGUGUACAAGGGAAAGGGUACUAGGAGGGUUGUGCUGUGUACAAGGGAAUGGGUACUGAGGAGGGUUGUACUGUGUACAAGGGAAAAGGUACUGAGGAGGGUUGUGCUGUGUACAAGGGAAAAGGUACUGAGGAGGGUUGUGCUGUGUACAAGGGAAAAGGUGGUGCUGUCUAGUGUCCCAGAUCUGCAAUGUGGCUUUUCACGAGACCUCUUUGUGGCAUGGUGUGGCAGCUCCAAAAACAGUAUCAUUUUGACCAAUCGUACGUCUCCAGGCACUCUUGCCCGACAACUCAUCGACAACCCAGAAAACAAGACAGUUACGAUGGAGAUACGGAGGAGAAUUAAGCUAGAAGGAGGUGAAUUAGACGACUACUUGAAAAAGAAACAAGAAAAAGAAGCAGAGAUGGCAAGAGUGAAAAACGAGCAGGAUAAUGACCUUGACGAUGAAUCCAGUGAUGAAAGUGAGGCAGAAAUGGACAUUGAUACAUAUGCUUCUGGCACGAAAGGAAAACAUGACCUCAUGAUGAAAAGUGAAGGUAAAAGCAGGACAGGCUUUUUCAAACAAGCCAAGAAGGCAUAUCCCAUGUUUCCUUACACAGAGGAGAAGAUAAAGUGGGACGAAUAUGGAGAAAUUAUUAGACCAGAAGAUUACACCAUUUUAGAAGUACCUGUACAGGAUGAAGAAAUGACCAUGGACAGUGUGUCACGUGAGGUGGAAUCAAUGCAAGAAGUGUCUGAGGUACCUACAAAGUGUGUGUCUGCCACGGUCACACUCGACAUCAAUGCCAACAUACAGUACAUCGACUUUGAGGGCCGGUCGGAUGGGGAGUCCAUUAAAAAAAUCCUUAGUCAGAUUAAACCAAGGCAGCUGAUACUCGUACGAGCUGUGUCCGAGGCUACUGAAGCCCUAGCAGACUACUGUCGCAAACUAGAGGGCAUGGUUCAGGGCAAGAUCUUUUCUCCAAAAGUGGGUGAUGUUGUGGAUGUAACCAGGGAAAGCCACAUCUACCAGGUAAGACUUAGGGACUAUGUGGUCAGUGCACUGGACUUCCAGAAGGCUAAGGACACAGAACUGGCCUGGAUAGAAGGCAUGCUGGACAUGAGUCAGGGGAAGACGGAUACAAGCCCAAUGUACGAGUUAGAGGAUGGUGAAAUGUCAGAGGAGGCAAGGGAGAGGAGACUACAGCAAGAGAAGGAUGAUGAGGAGGAAAAAGCAAUGGACAUUGUGCCUACCCUGGAGUCGGUUCAACCACACCAAAUAGAAGGACAUAAAGCUGUAUUCGUCAAUGAACCUAAGCUCUCUGACUUCAAACUGGUUCUACUACAGGAAGGCUUCCAGGCCGAGUUUAUUGCAGGGGUCCUGAUCUGUAACAGUAGUGUGGCUGUCAAAAGGAAUGAAGCUGGCAAAAUUCAGCUGGAGGGUUCAAUAUGUGAAGACUUUUACAAAAUACGUGAACUGUUGUAUAGCCAGUAUGCUGUUGUGUAGACCUAAAAUCAUCAUUUAGUCUUCAAUGAACAAUCAUUACAUUUUCGUUUCAUCAAAACAUCAAUAUGUCAUGGAAUUUGACAGUCAGUGAAUAUCUUUAUCUUCAAUACAUCACUAUUGCAAACUGUCCGUGAGUGAUGUUUUAAUUGGUCAUGGAGUUGGACAGUCACUUAACACUUUCAUUUUCAGAAUGUCAUUGUAUUGAACAGAAGUGGUGUUCAUUUCAUCAAGACAUGAAAUGUCGUGGAGUUUGGCAGUUAGUAAACUCUUCAAUCUUUAAUUCAUCAUGAUUUCAUUUCACCAAGGUAAAGAACUGAGAAAACAUUGGUAUUAUAUCAAUAUAACUGCAUCUUUAUUGAGGUUACUAGUCAGUUGUUCUGUAGGUUAUAUAAGUAAGCACUGGAAACCAUAUUAUAUGGUCCUGUAGAUAGAUCUGAACUAUAAGAACAAUUUUACAAACCUCUUAUCAGUAGAGGGCAUUGGCUAAGUGUAGAUGUUUAGUUAAACAUCAGAUUGGUCUUCCUUUCCAAUUCUUUACCCAGUUUCACUCACAAAUAGUCAUUCCAAUUUGUCCAUCAAAAUAUCAAAAAGUGAAUUUAUCCAUGAAAUUUCUGAAAAGUUUUUGAAUGUGAAAUCCGUUCUCUUCACUUGUAUGAUAAACAGUUAUAAACAAGUUAGACUCCAUGCCAUUGGAGAGGGGGGAUGUCAGUUUAAUUAUCAUGUGACCUGUUGAUUUUAAAACAUUUGUUUUAUUGGUAAAACCAUCUCACCGUGAGUUGUAAUUGUAUACAUUGUCAUUGUGUUGUUGUUACUCCAUUAAAACUCAGCAGUCAAAAGUG